GCGCCCAGAGGAGUUGUUUGCCGGCGCGCCCCACCUCCUCGGGGGAGUCCCGGGAGGCGCCCGGCAGUCGGCGAUUGGCUGGCGCGGUGGUUUCACGUCGGUUCUCCGACACCCUGGGCUGGCGAGCGGAGCGGGCGCCUGGGGCGGUGCCGGGCGCAGUCAGCUAAUCCAAAAGUAAAUGAGGAGAACUUAGAAAAAAAUUGCCAACUCCAGAUCAACAUAUUUAGAGAAAAUUGGAAAAGGAGAAGCUUACUACAGCUUUAUUUAAGGACUUUUUAAAGAACGCAGAGUUCUUGCUGUGAGCUUCAAAUCUUCGAGCAAAAACCAGAGACAUUGCCAGAGCAAACAAGAAUAGAAGUGCAAAUGGAGGACUGGUCAAAAGAAAUCCUCAUUGCCUGUAUUUUAUAAUCAACCAAUAUAGAGUUUAAGACCAGGACAAGGCUGCAUUAUUCCAGACACAGCCCCUACCAAUCUUGAGCAAGAAUCUACAGAGGGAAAUACAAAUACACAGCCAACUGAGCAAAGGACAAUGAGUUCUAAGGCAAGCCCGAAUCAAAAUCUCAGUGAAUUAGUUGUUGAAGCCAAAUAUGAGGGGACAAAACUGCCAGAGCAGAGUUCAAGGAAUUUUCAAGUCAUAAGCCCUUUUCCAGGUGAUGGGACAGCUCACUGCACUACUGAAAACUCCAACAUUAUGGACCAUAGAAAUAAUGAUUUGCAUUAUAAAUGUAUGAUUCCUUCUCAAGUUACUCCAGACAUAAAUAAAGAGAAGACAAUGGCAUUUCUUAUGAAAGACUUGGAAAUUCUCAGAGCAAGCAACAGAAAGCUUCAAGAAAAACUGACUAAAGAAGAUAAAGAAAAAAGAAAACUAAAGCUUAAGCUGGAACUCCAAGAGAAAGCAACUGAAGCUCAAAUUGCUGAAAAAACAGCAGCUCUGGUUGAAGAAGUGUAUUUUGCCCAGAGGGAACGUGAUGAAGCUGUUAUGUCUCGAUUGCAGUUAGCCAAUAAAGAGAGAGAUGAAGCAAUUGCACAAGCCAAGCAUAUGGAAAUGUCUCUAAAAGCGCUAGAAAAUAUUAACCCUGAAGAAAAUGACAUGACAUUACAGGAAUUACUGAACAGAAUAAACAAUGCAGACACAGAGAUAUCUAUUCAGAAGAAUGGAGCUAUAAUUGUGGAUAGAAUCUACAAGACCAUGGAAUGUAAAAAGAGAAUAACUGCGGAAGAAAUGAAUGCAGUGAUAGAAGAACGGGAUGCAGCUUUGUCGCAGUGCAAACGGCUGGAGCAGGAGCUUCAUCAUCUGAAAGAGCAGAACCAGACUUCAGCAAACAACAUGAGACAUCUGACUGCUGAAAACAAUCAAGAACGUGCUCUGAAGGCAAAAUUGUUAGCUAUGCAGCAAGCUAGAGAAACUGCAGUACAACAGUACAAAAAACUGGAAGAAGAAAUCCAAACACUUCGAAUUUACUACAGUUUACACAAAUCUUUGUCCCAAGAAGAAAAUCUAAAGGAUCAGUUUAACCAUAUCCUUACUACCUAUGAAGAAGCUUUAAAAAAUAGAGAGAACAUUGUUUCCAUCACUCAGCAACAAAAUGAGGAACUGGCUGCCCAACUGCAGCAAGCUCUGACAGAUCGAGCAAACAUGGAAUUAGAGCUGCGGCGUGCUGUGGAGGCCUCCCAGGCGGCCAAUGACAAAGUUCAGAAAUUGGAAAGGCUGGUGGACGUCCUGAGGAAGAAGGUUGGAACAGGGACCAUGAGGACAGUGAUCUGACUGAAAAACGACAGUCUGGGGAAGCGAUCACAUCUGGUGACCAGGCUGCUUCAUUCAACACUGUGUAAACACUAAAGCCUUAACUUAGCAAACAGUUGUUAGAAGUGGGACACUCCAACCACAUUCCAAGCUGAGAUAAAAUCAAAUCACAAAUGUUUAACCACUUUGCUGCUGACUUGAGUUACUUAUCCAAAUGUGUUAGCUAUAGACUUUUACCAGUUGGGUAGCUCUAAAGUUGUAACUAAUUCGGUAACUAUUUUAUAUCUCAAAGUAUAUAACAUAAAUCUUUUUACUGAUAGACUAUUUUAGGUAUAGUAAAAUUGAUCAGGGUCGUAUCUUCACAUAUGGCCCUUUCUGAAUGAAAAUGCAGCAAAGUAAAUAUUAUCUAAACCUUAAUCCACUGUGUUAGGUCAGAACUUCAGAGACAUACAUUUUCCACAUAGAGUUUACUUCUUAACUUAUGAGAGAGGCUCAGACUUAACAAUUUGUAGUUUUCCUUCAAUGCCUCCAUGUAAUCUUUGUUAUUAUUAAAGUACAUGAGGUGUAGAUGCUAAGCAUUAAAUAUAAUUUGCUUUAAUGAGAGUUUAGUACAUUGCAGUAUAUUUAGUACUGAUCAUGCAUGAUUUUUGUCUCAUUGCAAAUAAUACAGACUUUUCAAUAAAAAGAAGAUAUUGUUAUGAUGU